AACUUCAUAGUGCGAUGUAGCAUUAGGCUCACACGAAGAUGUAAACAUACUGAAUCUUUAUCAUAAACAAAAUGUUGUGUAUUUUUACAGAACAACUUCACGUUCGCUCGCAACAUCUUUAUCAGAGAUGAGAGAUAUCAGCUUAGACGUGGAACAAAGCCAAGUGGUAUUUGUCAGUGCUGCGACAUUGGAAGACCGACUUUUAUAUGAUGAUGUCUUUGUUGAUUAUUUUAAUGUUUUCCUUCAACUAAAGGCAUUUGGAACAGCGCUCAGAUAUGAACGACUUGAAGGAUAUUACCUGGAGAGCCCAGCUGCAAACAUUCAAAAUCACUCAGAAUUUCAGGAGCUGAUUGAUGAAGAUGGGAAAUUUCUUCAACAAAGUGCUAUAUCCUUGUGGAUAAAAGAGCACAGACUGCCGUUCUUUUUGAGGAGUCGUUUGUUUCUGGAAUAUAAGCUUUGCAAGCUGCUCCUACGCAAGCUCUCUGAUACAAGCCGCGUGCAACCAAGUCGUUUAGAGCUGAGAGGCUACAGUCGUUUGUCUAGUCCACUGCUGCUACCAGAAUCCUCGGAAGAUUGGGAUGGCAGUCAAGUGGAUUGUGCAAGUCAGGCAUCGUGGCCUGGCAGAGUGCACGAGCAUCAUCAUCAUCGACCCUUGGGCAGUUCCUCCAGCUUACCAGCAAUGUUGUCCUUUGCCCUUGAAACAAGGUUGAAACUACUUGAAGGUCCUCCUGCAAAGCGAAUGUCGAACGGCGAAGAUAAAGCUAAUGUUUUCAUUGAUACUCUGAAAAAACACGGUGAUUCAAAUGAAGAUUUAUUCGUCGAUGAAAUGAGCUACGCUGAAAGAAUUAAGAUCAGAUCUGCCGGCGGUAUACGGAUGAAGAAUGGUAGGAAAAGAAAAACGUGCCUGUUUACGCCUUCGUGUGAGACCAGAGAAGGAAGUAAGAAAGGAAGAAAUUAUUUAAGAAGAACUAAAAGCGCUCCUGUUGAAGGACUACAAGACAGAGUACAUAGUAAAGAAAGUGAUACACCUCUUAACGAUUUCGACGAAGUUGAUGAAGAUGAUACAAUACUAUGCUUUGAUGAAGCAGACGUUGAAAGAACCGAGGCAGAGCUCCUGAGUAUCAUCGAUGAAAAUAAACGAGACCUUCAAGAAAUAAAGGAAGAUGCUCUUAAUUCGAGUUCUGGAAUGAAAGAAUUUCGUGAAUUCUUAACUGGGACAUCUGGUAUUCAUCUUGUGAACUUUUGGCUUGACGUGGAGGAAUAUAAGAACCUCGAGGAGUCCAACGUUGAAAAUGAAAACGCUUUACAAAUGCUGAGGAUUAAACUGUUUAGGGAGAUUAAUGAUAAAUACAAAAGUCAUUUGACUGUUGAAGCCAAGCAAAAGAUCCGCGAGGCUUUAACGCACGAAGGAUUGACUAAAGAUCUCUUUACGAGAACACAAUAUGAUACAUUGCGAAGAUUAAGGUCUUACUGGAUUCCACGAUUCUUAGUCCACAAAGAAACGAUGAAUAGUGAGAUACUAGAUGAUAGUACGUCUUCCCAGUCGCGACAAUCAGACGAUAGAACAACACUGAGCUUUCUACCAAAGAUAUCGUUCGUUCAUUCAUUACCACCGCGCGGAGAAUGGUGCACAGAGUUGGCCAGAACGAGCUGUGAUUGGUCAAAAAAUCUAUCGCUUUCUGACGUCAAAACACGCUCGAGAAAGAAGCUUAUCGAUCCUGGCAAUGGCGAAAGAGAUGAUUUUAACGAAUUUGUAAGUGGGAUAUCUUGCGAGAAAGAUGCCGGCUGGCCAUUUCGUGCAUUCCUUACCAGAUCAAAAAGAAAAGACGAAUUGUCAACAUUAUUGUUCUGGCAGUCGAUUGAGGAUCUGAAAGACGAGGAGCAACGUGGUUGUGAUCGUCAUUUACACAUCUGUAGUGCCUGGAAUAUCGUGAAGCGAUUUCUCUCCAAUGAGAGCAACGAGUCUGUGGUGAACAUGAGCGAACUUAAUAAGCAAAAGAUUAUUGAGAAACUUCGACAGAGUAUGGAAGUGUCGUCUUCGUUAUUUACCUCUGGCCAGGAGCACGCGCUGGAUGUCUUGAGAACGCCGUGGAACAAAUAUUUGGAAGAUGAAAAGACAAUGUUAAAAAACUUUGUUAAGAAGUCAAUUGGAGAACGAUCCACAGUUUCUAAGAACGACAGUAAACAUGCAGGAUCUUUGUAUCAGAGUAUUUUCGUUCCUGGAAAGUGGUAUCCAAGGUACCCCGAGUCAUCGCCUUCAGAAAGACAGAGACGUCUUCACACUGCCAUGACGAUUGCAGAAGACAUCGAAACGACCCGCAUGAGUAUGUCCUCCCUGUAUAAAUCGCCCGAAAAUGGGGAAAAGAAGCGAAGCAUGAUGAAAUCGAGGACGUCAGAGCCACCACAAAGUGUUGAGAAAACUGUCAAGUUUAGUCCAAAGAAAGAAAAAGCGAAAAUCCCGUCGAAAGAACGACAUGAUAGCGUUGACGAGGAGAGUGAAGCGGAGACUGAGGAGAAACCAACUCCUGAGUUUAAAAAUUUCUUAAAUGAAAAAAAUGUGAUGUCAUCGUUCAAACAUUAUAUUCAAAACUCGGAGGGCAGCCAUGCUAUGAACAUGCUAGCAAUGUAUCUUGACAUUGAGACGUACAAAUCAAUCCCAUCAAACAGCACGUCCCAGAGGACGGAACGUGCUACGCAAAUAUUUAAGACUUACUUUGAUGAAUCCUCAAGGAAGUGCGUAGAUCUUCCACCACGUAUUCCAUUCGAAAUCAAAGAUGGUCGACCUUCAACAGCAACCCUCACGAAAACUCAGGAUCACCUUCAUCCUGAGAUUCAGGCGUCUUUCAAACAGUUUCACAAGGCUCAAAAACUGUUUAAACCAGCCGCUCAAUCCCAUCACGUUCACCACACCAGCACGGGUCAUGGUAAAAAUGAAACACCUUUGAAUUCAAAUAGUUUUCUCGUUUACUAUAAAAGAAGAAGAAAUAAAUUAAAGGGUCCAGGUCGUGUUCAGCCAACCAAAGACAAUAAAGCGGACUUUCUGAACGAGCUUCGCGAAACCUAUGGAGUGUUGUCACCCAGGCUUGAGUUAUUUCGAAGAUAUUUAGAUACGAACGAUGACGUGCAAGGAGAGAGUAUUUCAAAAUUGGAAAACGAUCUUCUCUUUUACUUAGAAGUUCAAAAAUAUAAGGAUCUGUUUCUGUACAUGGAUGAUACGACCUUACUGAAGAAAGUGGAUGCUAUUGUGGAUUGUUUUCUUGACUCGGCAACACCUCCAUCAGUACAGAUCGACAUCAGUUCAGAUCUUGCUGGUCGUACCGUCCACAAGGCUCAGUCACUUCACGCUCGCAACAAGCUGUCACGUGAGCAAAAGGAUUGCGCUAUUUUCGACGACGCUCAAGCUAUCGUCCUGAAAGAACUCUUGCCAUUUUGGGCCGGAUUUUGUCGACAAUACGAUGCUCAAUCUGCUGAACAGGAAACUGAGAAAUUACCACUUACUCGACGUCAGAUGACAGUAAAACGUCGCUAUUCUGAGUUCAAGAAAUUUCCCCUGAAGAAACGACCAGUCAGUCUUCGCAGUGUUCUCCCAAGUAUUGGAGAGUCGAAGAGGGAACUGAAUUACUCUCUAGCGGAAGGCUUAGCUUGGAAGGAAAGUCUAUCAGAGGAAACUGGAAGUGUUUAUUCAGUGAAUGUGCGAAGCAGUGGAGGAAACUCUCGCGUAAGCCGUAUUCUGUGACUGUGAAGGCUAGUUCUCGUAUAGUGUCUCUCUUUUGAUUUAUCAUCGAGUUCACACUUCACAGGUUCUCAUGUCCAAAUUUAUCCGCGAGACUUUCCAUCCUUUUCACGGCCUGCAUGUCAAGCUAUGGUCAGAGCAUUGUCUAUUAACUGUGGUUUUACGUGUAUUUCGAAUAAGGUUGUUCUCUUUAUCUUCCCAUAAUUCGUAAGGAAAACAUGGAUUCCGUUUUUCCUUGAGGAUUUGU